AUGAUCGCCUCCCACACGCAGAACCAUUUCACGCAAAGACAGAUUCUUCACACAAGGCCUUCUUCGCCGCAGUAUAAAAUGGUUCGGUUCACUGCAAUUCUUCUGGCACUCGCAACUACCAGCAUUGCUGGGGCAUUGCGGGUGAAGUCUCUGGCACACAGUGGUCCUGCUUGUCCUCAGGAUGCCAAGGUGACAUGGUCUGGCAGCCUCGACGAUCUGACCAUCACGCUGCCAGACUUCAGCGAAAGCUUGGCCGCCGGCCAAAUCACAAGCUGCCAGGUCCAUGUGCUUCUCGACCAGGGUGAGCCUGGUAAGGCAUUGCUUUUGCAGGAUGUUGUCGUCCGGGGUGGACUCUACCUCAGUGCCAACGCCGAGGUCGACUUUCAUACGACGGCGUACUGGAGUGAGACUGCAUCAGACACUGUCACCAAGCAAACGAGCACGUCAGCGGGCUCCAGUGCCGUUGUUCGCAACGUUGCCGUGGCCCAGCGCCUGAACUCGGCGUCAACCUGCGUUGGCAAAGACGGCUAUGUGGGCAUCCUCAAUGUUACUUUCCGCAUCGUCUCGAAGGGAGGCAGCCGGGUAGUAUUUGGGAAAGAGCGAAAAGACAGUGGCACAUCACCUGUGACGGAACUGCUCACCUUCGCAUGGCAAAGCUGUUAA